AUGAUGCCUCUGACUCCGCUGAAAAAGACUCUGUCUGAUCUGAACAAACAGAUCGAGACUAAGGCCUCAAUGCGCGGAGUCCCAUUGAUGCCUGAAAAACUCGACGAACUCGUGCAGAGGAGGGACACUUUGCUGGCGAUUCAGGAGUCUGAGCGUCAGCAGAGAAUCUUCCAAAGCGAGGAAGCAGAUCGCAUCAUCGCCACCGUCAGAGAGGAAACUGCCUCCGGUGGCGACAAGACUUGCAACGCCGUGGCGGCGGGUACCGAAAAGACUUGUAGCGCCGUGGCGGAGGCCAAAGACGAGAUCGUUGGGACAAUGAGCAAGGGGUUCGCAAUGCUCAGGGAACUCUUCACCGCUCGGAAGCCUCGCACGUCGAGCAGCUCGAAGAUGACUGAUGAAGAGAAGCAGAAAGUCCUGCUGGAUAAGCAAGAAGCGGCGAAGAAGCGCAAGGUUGAUGCCGAUGAGCGCAAAGCCAAGAAGGCGGAGGAGAAGAAGCAGAAAGAAGCGGACCGCAAAGCCAAGAAGGAAGAAGCGGAUCGCUUGAAGCAGGCGAAGGCCAAAGCCGCGCAAGACCUCAAGGACUUCUUCGCGAAGCAGCGCCCCGCUAAGAAGGCUAAGACCGGCGAGCAGGGGACGGGCGAGCCGAGAGUCGAGACCGAGGCCGUGGAGAGUCGCGAGCCGCUGAGCGUUGAGCUCAACGACCAGAACCCCGCGAACUCCGCGCAACCCUCCGAGGACGUCGCAGAGCCUCCCGCCGAGGUCAAGGAGAGCGGCGAGCAGGACAUCGCGAACGCCGAGAAUCCCCCCGCGGUCGAGGAAGCAUCUGAGGGCGGUGACGCGCUGAGCGGGAGGGCUCGGCUGUUCAAUUUCGUGGGCCUCUCUUCGAAAUCCUGA